GUCACUCUAGCACCACCGCCUUCCAAGUUCCCCCCUUGUGGAUGCACAGCCCGGUCGCUCCGCUCCUCCCAGCUCCAAGGGACCAGAAGCGGCCAGAAAAGCAGACUCUGGGCGGGAGCCAGGGGAAAGGACGGCGCGGCGCCUGGCCUGCCCCGGGGAGUUGGUGAACGAUGAAUGGCCGGCGGCGGCGGCGCCGAGAGUACUGCAAGUUUGCGCUGCUCUUGGUGCUGUACACGUUGAUGCUGCUGCUCGUCCCCUCGGUCCUGGACAGCGGCAGCGACCAGGACAAGGGCGUCGGGCACUGCCCCGGCCUGCAGCGCAGCCUGGGAGUGUGGAGCCUGGAGGCGGCGGCGGCUGAAGAACGCGAACAGGGCGCCGAGGCGCGCCCCCCGGGUGGAUGGGGCGCGGGCGGGUCCCUGGGGUCCCCAGGCAACCUCAGCACGGUCGGAGAGGUGGGGACCCACGAGAAGCAACACAUCUACGUGCAUGCCACCUGGCGCACCGGCUCCUCCUUCCUGGGCGAACUGUUCAACCAGCACCCGGACGUUUUCUACUUGUAUGAGCCCAUGUGGCAUGUGUGGCAGGCGCUGUAUCCAGGAGACGCGGAGAGCUUGCAAGGAGCGCUGCGCGACAUGCUGCGUUCGCUCUUUCGCUGUGACUUCUCGGUGCUGCGGCUGUACGCGCCGUCCAGGGACUUGGCCGCGCGAGCCCCGGACUCAACCAACCUCACCACCGCCACCCUUUUCCGCUGGCGGACCAACAAGGUCAUCUGCUCACCGCCGCUGUGCCCCGCUGCGCCCCGCGCCCGCACCGAGGUGGGCCUCGUCGAGGACACUGCCUGUGAGCGCAGCUGCCCUCCGGUGCCGCUCCGAGCCCUGGAGGCAGAGUGCCGCAAGUACCCGGUGGUGGUCAUCAAGGACGUGCGCCUGCUCGACCUGGGCGUGCUAGUGCCCCUGCUGCGUGACCCAGGCCUCAACCUGAAGGUGGUGCAGCUUUUCCGAGACCCGCGGGCCGUGCACAACUCGCGCCUCAAGUCCAGGCAGGGGCUGCUGCGCGAGAGCAUUCAGGUGCUGCGCACCCGCCAGAGAAGCGAACGCUUCCACCGCGUGCUACUGGCGCACGGCGUCGCCGCCCGUCCCGGAGGCCAGGCCCGUGCGAUACCCUCAGUGCCUCGCACUGAUUUCUUCCUGACCAGUGCUCUCGAGGUGAUCUGCGAGGCCUGGCUGCGCGAUCUGCUUUUCGCUCGCGGUGCGCCCACCUGGCUGCGGCGCCGCUACCUGCGGCUGCGCUAUGAAGACCUGGUGUGGCAGCCCCAAGCCCAGCUGAGCCGUCUGCUGCGCUUCGCCGGGCUGCGGGCGGUGGCGGCUCUGGAUGCCUUUGCACUCAACAUGACGCGGGGAGCAGCCUAUGGCACCGAUCGGCCUUUCCACCUGUCGGCACGCGACGCCCGCGAGGCGGUGCACGCAUGGCGUGAGCGCCUGAGCAGAGAGCAGGUGCGCCACGUGGAGGCCGCCUGCGCCCCAGCAAUGCGACUGCUGGCCUACCCUCGCAGCGGAGAUGAGGGCAACCUGGAGGCCGCCAGGGAAAGGGAGAUACCACUGGAGAUGAAGGCCAAGGCAGCCAUGUAGUAUCUCAACCCCCUGCUCCAGCCCUGGGGUGGAUCCCGGUUAGUCACCAUGAACCGGUGCACUCAGCAUGCUAUACCAACACUGGAGAGGCCACAUGGUGGAGGCAAUCUAUCACACUGUCAGAAACUGGGGCUGAUUUGGUACCAACUGCUGUGCAAUUCUGCCGGGCAGGAACAUCACAGACUGUUAAAUAAUGACAGACAUAUUGGCUGAGAUGAAGUUUCCAGACAGGAAGUGACAGUGCAAUGUGGAUAUUUAUGGCCAUAAAAUAGGAAGAGUUUUAGUUCCCUGAUCCUGCCUCUGCUGGAGCCAUUUCAACAAGGCCUCCUCAUAACAAAGAAGAGAUGUGAUCUGUUUCACUUCACAUUGGCAGAUAUCUGGACAAUACCAUCAAUGUGAAUAAGGACCAAGUACAGUCAUGUCUAUCUUGAUUAAAUUGCUUCUUAAAUAAAAGGUCUGGGUGGUAUUGUUUUCAACUGAACAUAUGUAGCUCUCCUUCAAAGAGCCUGCCUCCUAAAGAACCAAUUUCUUAAUUUUUCUCCCUAGGAU